AUGGGAAACGCUUGCUCCGAUGGUUGCUUUGGCAUGUUGGCCAGCAAAAAGGUCUCCCAGCUGCGAGCCUGCAAGCAGGAUCUCAAGAAGUUCAUCGACAGCAAAAACUGUCACCCGAUUAUGGUACGCUUGGCGUGGCAUGACUCUGGCACCUAUGAUCAGCGUAUCAAGAACUUCCCUGAGCGGGGUGGCGCCAAUGGUGCAAUCAGAUUUGCGGGUGAGAUGAACUUCGGUGCCAACGCCGGCCUGGACAAAGCAAAAGGCUUCCUCGAUGAAUUUGCUAAGAAGUAUCCCGAAGCACUGUCCUCGGGCCGGAUUGCCGCAUGCAGUGCACUAUAUAUUGGCGCCCAUGAGACUCUGCUCUCCUGUGUGGCCGUGAUGGCGUCCAGUAGGUACGGACGCGUGGCAGUGACGUCUGACAGCGAGUGUGUCAAGUCAGCAUCCAGGGAGGGCUUCUCGGGCAACGCGGGACUUCCGGAUGCCGAGCCUCCUUUUGGCUGCGGGGCACCCACCGCGGCGCAGCAUCUUCGGAAUGUUUUCACGAAGAAGAUGGGUUUCACGGAUCAGGAGAUCGUGGCGCUCUCCGGUGCCCACACCAUCGGCCGCGCCUUCAAGGAGCGCAGCGGGGCUUGCCCUUUCGGCUAUGGUGAGCAGGCAGCUUCGAAGUACACCAAAGGCGACUGCAUAGUGCGCAAGGAUGGGAGCAAAGGCGUUGGAAUGGUUGGUGGUGCUUCUUGGACCAAGAACUGGCUGACCUUUGACAACAGUUACUUCAAGGACUACAAGCUGUCCUACGAGGAUGACAGCCUCCUUUGGUUCAAAACCGACGAGGCUCUGCACACAGAUCCUGAGUUCAAGAAAUACUUCGAUCUCUACGCGAAGGACCAAGAUGCCUUCUUCAAGGACUACGCCAAGGCCCACAAGAAGUUGAGCGAAUUGGGUUCCAAGUUCGAGCCGGAGGGAGGCAUUAAGAUUUGA